UGAGCUUCUUGAAAUGGUGAAGUUCUCAAAGGAGCUCGAGGCUCAGCUCAUCCCAGAAUGGAAGGACGCCUUCGUCAACUACUGGCAACUCAAGAAGCACGUCAAGAAGAUCAAGCUCUCGAGAAAACCAAAGCAACCUCAGCAAGUCGACCGUGACUUCGGCCUGUCCAUUUUCGACCCCAUUCGUUCCAUGGUCAAGAAAGUUGCCGGCAAGUUCCGGAAGUCAGCUAGCAGCACGGAUAUUAUGCAGGUACGUAGACGAGCAUGCAUGGACAUGGAGGACGGAGAGGAAGAAGAAGAAGAAGAAGCGGAGCACGAAGUCUACGAGAACGAGCUUGUUCAGUUGUUUUCUGAAGAAGAUGAGGUUAACGUAUUUUUCGAGCAACUGAACGAGGAGCUGAACAAGGUGAACUGGUUCUACCAGUCGAGAGAGGAUGAGUUUCUCGAGAGAGGAGAUGCGCUCAACAAGCAGCUCCAGAUCCUGCUGGACCUCAAGCAGAUCCUCGCCGACCGGCGCCAGAAGAAUUCCCAGUCAUUCAGGGGGGCGAGCGGCGGGGCUUCUCUGCGCUCCUCGUGGCCAUCCUCGACUCGAACAUCCAGUUUUUCAGAGGCCCCAACGGAGUUGCUCGAGACCCCCACGGAGACCUCAGAGACGGACGACGUGAUUGCCGCGUUCGAGAGGAACGGGGUGAGUUUCGUGGGGGCCGCGGCGAGGUUGAAGACGAAGAGCAACGGGAAGCCGAAGAUGACGAUGAGGAUCGACAUCCCGGCCACGACGCCGACCCGGAUGAUAACCGCCGUGACGUCGAUGCUGUGGGAGGACCUAGUGAACAACCCAAGGAAAGAUGGGCCGGCGGAUUUCAUCAACAGGAAGAAGGUACAGUACGCUGAGAAGAUGAUUAGGGGAGCUUUUGUGGAGCUGUACAAAGGCCUUGGUCUGCUGAAAACUUACAGCUCCUUGAAUAUGAUGGCUUUUACGAAGAUACUCAAGAAAUUCGACAAGGUGGCAAAGAGACAGGCAUCGACAAGUUAUCUAAAAGAAGUGAAGAAAUCUCAUUUCAUAAGUUCAGACAAGGUGGUGAGGCUAAUGGACGAAGUGGAGUCCAUCUUCACAAAGCACUUCGCCAACAACGAAAGGAAAAAGGCGAUGAAGUUCUUGAAGCCUCAGCAUAACAAAGAGUCUCACAUGAUCACCUUCUUUGUUGGUUUGUUCACCGGUUCAUUUGUGACAUUAUUUAGCAUAUACGCGAUUUUGGCGCACAUAGCUGGUAUUUUCAACCCCAGCACGGACAUGGGCUACAUGGAAACUGUCUACCCUGUCUUCAGUGUCUUCACAUUGUUGAGCUUGCACCUGUUCAUGUACGGGUGCAACCUGUUCCUGUGGAAGGGCACGAGGAUCAACCACAACUUCAUAUUCGAGUUCUCGUCGAGCACCGCCCUCAAGUACCGCGACGCCUUCCUCAUGUGCACCACCAUCAUGACCACCGUGGUCGGCGCCAUGAUCCUCCACCUCCUCCUGCGGGCCAAUGGCUUCUCGCCUAGCCAAGUCGACGCCAUACCGGGAGUCCUGCUUCUGAUUUCCUUCGCCGUGCUGGUUUGCCCGAUUGACAUAUUCUACCGCUCGACUCGGUUUUGCUUCAUUCGCAUUAUGCGCAACAUAGUUUUCUCUCCAUUUUAUAAGGUUCUGAUGGUUGACUUUUUUAUGGCUGAUCAACUCACUAGCCAGAUACCAUUGUUGAGGCACAUGGAGUCCACGGCUUGCUACUUCUUGGCCGGAAGUUUCAAGACGCACCAGUUCGAAACAUGCAAAUCGGGAAGGCUUUACAGAGAACUUGCGUACGUCAUUUCGUUCUUGCCUUAUUACUGGCGUGCCAUGCAGUGCGCCAGGAGGUGGUUCGACGACUGUGACACGAUCCAUCUGGCCAACAUGGGGAAGUACAUGUCGGCAAUGGUGGCAGCCGGGGCAAGGAUCACGUACGCGAGGCAACCCGACCACCUGUGGUUCGGUGUCGUCCUGGUGACCUCCGUCAUCGCCACCAUGUAUCAGCUGUACUGGGAUUUUGUUAGGGAUUGGGGGUUUCUCAACCCCAAAUCGAGAAACCCGUGGUUGAGAGACGAGUUGGUUCUCAAGCGUAAGAGCAUCUAUUACAUCUCCAUCGCCUUGAAUGUAGUUUUGAGGGUUGCAUGGGUGGAGACGGUGACAGGGUUUCGCCCUGGAGCGGUGGAGUCGAGGUUGCUGGAAUUCUUCUUGGCUUCUCUGGAAGUCAUUCGACGUGGUCAUUGGAAUUUUUACAGACUGGAGAACGAACACUUGAACAACGUGGGAAAUUUCAGAGCAGUGAAGGCGGUGCCGCUUCCGUUCCGCGAAAUGGAGUCCGACUGAUGGGAUACUCUCGCCAUCAUCCUCUUGGAGCUGAAUUGCCGGAUCGUGUAGAGGGAUCGAUCCUUGACGGUUAGCAUAAUGCAUCAAGCCACCAUAUGAUCA